GCGGCUCGGCCGCUCUCGGGCUGGCACCGAGCGGAGCGGCCCGUCGGCCACGGCGGAGCGAUGAUCCGCCGGGAAGACACUGAACGGGCAGUGGAAAUUCUGACCAGAUACCAAAGCACCCUGCGGUCCCCGGAGGAGCAGGAGCUAAAAGCCUCCAUCGGAAAAGUCUCGCACAUCUUCCAAAGUGAACUCUUCCAGGCUCUGCUGGAUAUCCACGAAUUCUAUGAUUUCACACUGCGCUCUGCACCCCUGCAGUCCCCGAGCCUGGAUGCACAUCCCAGGCAGCAGCACGGGGCCAGCGAGCCCAGCUCUGCGGUGACCCCCGGAGAGCCUCAAAACCUGCCUGAGGGUUCCUCCUGGGACUGUGAGCGGAGGCUUCCCACGGGGACCGGGGACAGCGCGCCAGGGACGCCGCCACGGCUGGUGAGGGUGACGGCGCGGAGGACAGAGGCACCGGCCAGUGUCUGCAGCCUGGUGCUCAGCUCUCACAGCACCCUGCCCCAGGACUUCAUGCGAGAGGAAGGAAGCGACAACAGGGGCUGAAAUGCCGGCGACACCGGAUAAAUCCUAGCUCCGUGCCGCCAUCGGGCCUUGUAAAUAGCAUCAUCUCCAGGGAUUUCUUGACACUUUGCUGAAAUUAGCUCCUGUAAAAAGAGCAUCUGCCAAAGCUGAAUUUAAAUAAGACGGGGAGAGUUCUGGUAGGAAGAGGGUAGAGGAUGAGAGAGCUGGUGGUUUCCUCAAAUCACUUCCCUCCAUGAAGGCACCUGCCUGGAAAUCAGCUCCCAGCUCCUUUAGCUCUGCUCAAUGCCCAUAUCACUGUAGUGAGAUGCCCACAGGUGCCUGACUGUGCUGGGCACUGUGCCUGCCCUGCCAGACUCAGAUCUGGGCACCCCAGUGUAGGUGCCCACACCUCUUGGUCUCUGGAAGAGCCACUCCCAGUAGCCAAAAUGCCACUACUCACUAAAUCAAGCUGGAGAAGCACAGGAUGCAGAUGCCCCUGGCCAGCUAGCCCUGGCCUCCUCUUGAGCUUGAUAAGGUGUUCCCAACCCUGUGCAGCAUUAGGGAAUGUUGCAAGCAGGUGGCAGCAACCAGGGAUUUUUUUUUUUCCUUUAAAUUGAGGCUAGCAGGCAGCACAUGCAGUUCAUUACAAAGGAACAGGAAUUAAACAAUUCUCAUGGCAGCUAAAAUGGGACAUGUGGGUUUUUGGGAGGGGACGUGCAAGAGGUAGGGAAGGGCUUUGUCAGAGCUGCAACAGCUGAGGCUCAGGGCCCCUCUGUUUGCAGGUAGUGAUGAGGCACUAACAGGUAGGAGAGCAGGGGAAAGCAGCAGAAUGUUUUAGAUCAUGGAGCUGUCCCUGAGUUUCCAAGGUGGCAAGUGGAGUGGGGUGGAGGCAGUGAUGCUGGCACCCCAGGGCUGGUAGGGAGGGUGUUUCCCAUGUGGGGGUACCCAUGGCAGUCCCCUC